AAGUGGGCCCUGUAACCGUCCGUUACAUAACUAGUUCGAAUUUGAAAUUCCUUCGUUCUUUCUCGCUCACAAUCAAACCCUAUCAAUUUGCCGAAUAAAUAUCAAUUUCUACUGAAAUUACAGUCACCGAAAUUUCUCGAUCAUCACUAGUUAGCACUGCUCUCCUCAGUGGCAGAUUUCUGGGAAUUCUAUGUUACUAGAGUGAGUGGAUGAUUGCACAGAAAUAACGUUUACGAAGGUAGUUAACUGAGGUGCAGAAAAGACUACCAAAUUGCAUUUACGGCUGUAUUUUCUCUCUAAUGUCUGUCCCUCAAAACGAUCCACUUAUGCAAGUUGAAACAACGUGCGGCUCUCUUCUAUACGAACUCAAGGUAAUAUGGGAUGACGUUGGGGAGUCUGAUGUUGAAAGAGAUAAAAUGCUUCUUGAACUUGAACGAGAGUGCCUUGAGGUUUAUAGAAGAAAAGUUGAAUCAGCUAACAAGAAAAGAGCUCAGCUAAGACAGGCAAUUGCUGAAGCUGAAGCAGAGCUUGCAUCUAUCUGCUCUGCUAUGGCGGAGCGACCCAUACAUGUUAGGCAGUCUGAUCAACGUCCUAGAAGCUUGAAGGAAGAACUCAGGUCUAUUCUACCACAAUUAGAGGAGAUGCAGAAAAAGAAAUUGGAACGAAAAAAUCAAUUCUUCGAUGCUGUAGAGAAAAUACAAAAGAUAAAAAAAGAAAUUUAUAGGUCUGAUGAACGAACUUCUUCUAGCCCUGGUGUUGAUGAGACGGACUUAUCCGUAAGAAAGCUUGAAGAACUGCAGAAAGAGCUUCAGGACCUUCAAAAAGAGAAGAGUGAUCGCCUGAAGCAGGUCCUGGAUCACCAGUAUACCUUAAACUCUCUAUGCUUGGUGUUGGGUGUGGAUUUUCAGCAGACAGUUAAUGAGAUUCAUCCCAGUUUAGGUGAUUUAAAUGGAACAAAAAGCAUAAGUAAUGAUACUAUAGAGAGUUUGAAAAUUGCAAUUGAAAAACUGCGGGAGCUAAAGAUACAGAGAAUGCAUCAGCUGCGAGACCUUGCAACAUCAAUGCUUGAACUAUGGAAUUUGAUGGAUACUUCAGUUGAAGAGCAGCAGAUGUUUCAGAAUGUUACCCGCAACAUAGCUGCUUCAGAACAUGAAUUAAAAGAGGCUAACUUGCUUUCUGAGGAUUUCAUUAAUACUGUUGUGGCUGAAGUGUAUCGUUUGGAAGCCCUGAAAGUGAGCAAAAUGAAAGAGCUCGUCCUCAAAAAGAGGUCCGAGCUGGAGGAUAUAUGCAGGAAGACACACAUGAUUCUGGAACCAGAUAGUGUACUGGAAUUUCCCGUACAAGCUAUUGAAACUGGAGUCGUGGACCUCGGUCAUAUCCUUGAACAAAUUGAGCUUCGAAUAGGUAAUGUUAAAGAGGAAGCUCUUAGCAGAAAAGAAAUACUUGAAAAGGUUGAGAAAUGGAUGGCGGCAUGUGAAGAAGAGUGUUGGCUUGAGGAGUAUAAUAGGGAUGAAAAUCGAUACAAUGCUGGGAGAGGUGCACACCUUAUUCUGAAGCGUGCUGAGAAAGCUCGAGCUUUGGUUAAUAAACUUCCAGGAAUAAUACAGACAUUAGCUUCAAAAACUGAUGCAUGGGAAAAAGAGAGGGGAAUUGAGUUCACUUAUGAUGGAAUACGACUUCUUUCCAUGCUUCAAGACUAUAAUAUUUUACGACAGGAAAAGGAGGAAGAACGCAAGAGGCAGAGGGACCAGAAGAAACUUGAAGAACAACUAAUAGUAGAACAUGAAGUACUAUUUGGAUCAAAACCAAGCCCUAAGAGACCCCAGAGUGUAAAAAAAGGUUCUAGAACGUCAUAUGGUGGCGCAAGCAAUCACAGACUCUCACAUGGAGGAGAAGUCCUACAAACUCCAAAGACUAACCAACUUCACUCCAUUAAAGGGACUCCCAAUACACGACAAACCAAAACGAAUGAGCGAAUGCUGCUGAAGGGACAGUUAAAUUCACGGAGUGACAGUGGAGUUGCAGCCUUUUCAGCUGGUAGCAGAGGCUUGGACACUGCUGAUCUUCCUGGAAAAAAGCACUUUUUGAGUGCUCUUGAAGCCCAAAUGUCACCUGUGUUUCGCAAGCCAUUUUCGCCUAUAUCGUCUAAAGAAUUAUUGAAGGCCAAUGCAGCAAACGUACUGAAUGGGACACACUAUGAGACGGCACAAAAGCCAGUUGAAAGUGACACUUCAUUUCUCACUCCCUCCAGAACAGUUUCUGCUGCAGCAGAAGCGAACAUGAAUCAAAAGACAAUGAUGCUUCCUGUACCCUCUACACCCUCAGCACCAUCAAUUUAUACAAGCACAACUCCAGCUUCACAGUCCAAUCAUCCCGCUGCUGCUACUCUGAUAAGAGAGACUCCUGAAGAGAUUGAAUACUCGUUUGAGGAACGAAGGGCAGGGUUUAUACUACCUGAAGCACAUCUCAAAGCUCUGACACACCUCUAAAGGUUCUUAUUUGUUAUUGUCCAUGAUAUUUCUGUCUUCUUUUUGGUAUAUUGUGUGGUUAAGUCGAUCCGAACUUGGCUUUUAAACCAGAAGGCAGGAGGAUAUUCAAAUAAAAUCCCUUAAAUGUCUGGAAUGGGGUGCAAAUAAGGAUUUUAUUUAUACUCUUUUCUUUUUUGGUUUUACAAAAUACAUUUGAACGAUAAAAUGAUUUUGGUGGUUGAUCACUAUUUCUAUAAUUGAAAUUUCAGAUUACUAUCAGUUUUCUGAUCUUUUAAUGUUA